AUGGAAGAAGAGAUAAAGAAGAACCUUUUGCAGCAUCAAAACACAUCAGAAGAGGAGGAAGAGCCAUUAAGCAAAAGAGUAUGGCAAGAAAGCAAGAAGAUGUGGGUAGUAGCAGGUCCUGCCAUAUUCAAUAGAUUUUCAACAUUUGGAAUCACUGUAGUUAGUCAAUCCUUCAUUGGUUACAUAGGUUCCACUGAAUUAGCUGCUUAUUCUCUUGUUAUGACUGUUCUAAUCAGAUUUGCAAAUGGUGUUUUGUUGGGUAUGGCAAGUGCAUUGGAAACUCUAUGUGGACAAGCAUAUGGUGCAAGACAAUAUGAUAUGCUUGGAGUGUAUCUUCAAAGAUCAUGGAUAGUUUUAUUCUUGACCACAAUUCUUCUUCUUCCUAUUUACAUAUUCACCACUCCAAUUUUAGAGGCACUUGGUCAAGAUAAAAACAUUGCACAAGUUGCUGGAAGCAUUUCUUUAUGGUCAAUAGGUAUCAUAUUUGCUUUCUCUGUGUCAUUCACUUGCCAAAUGUUUCUACAAGCACAAAGCAAGAACAAGAUUAUUGCUUACCUUGCGGCCGUUUCGAUUUCAAUUCAUGUUUUUAUGUCAUGGCUUUUAACUGUUAAGUUCAAAUUUGGACUUAAUGGUGCAAUGACAUCAAUCAUUUUGGCACAUUGGAUACCUAAUUUGGGUCAGCUUGUUUUUAUCAUGAGAAAGUGUCCUGAUACAUGGAAGGGUUUCUCAUUUUUGGCCUUCAAAGAUCUUUGGCCUGUUAUCAAGCUUUCUUUGUCUUCUGGAGUUAUGUUAUGUCUUGAAAUAUGGUACAACACAGUUUUGAUUCUUCUAACAGGGAACAUGGAAAAUGCUGAGAUUUCCAUUGAUGCUUUGGCCAUAUGCCUCAACAUCACUGGGUGGGAAAUGAUGAUAGCUCUUGGCUUCUUUGCUGCAGCUAGUGUUAGGGUGUCAAAUGAACUUGGAAGAGGAAGUUCAAAGGCAGCAAAGUUUUCCAUUGUGAUAACAGUGCUCACAUCAUUUUCCAUUGGAUUUGUACUAUUCGUGAUCUUUCUAUUCUUAAAGGAAAAACUUGCUUACAUUUUCACACCAAAUCCUGAUGUAGCUAAAGCAGUUGGCGAUCUAUCACCUUUGCUCUCAUUCUCCAUAUUGAUGAAUAGUGUCCAACCUGUCCUGUCUGGAGUUUCUGUUGGAGCUGGAUGGCAAAAAGUUGUAGCAUAUGUUAACAUAGGCAGCUAUUACCUUAUUGGUAUUCCUAUUGGAUUGCUACUUGGUAAUAUUCUUCAUUUGCAAGUUAAGGGUGUUUGGAUUGGAAUGUUGUUUGGAAUUCUUGUUCAAACAAUAAUACUUAUCACAAUCACAUAUAAAACUGAUUGGGACAACCAGGUUGAGAUUGCUCGAAAUCGUGUUAACAAAUGGGCUGUAGUAGAGAAUGUUGAAUCAAACCACACAUCAAAUAUAUCUAGCUGA